AUGGCCUCUGACGAAGUUCCUACCAACCUCAAGGACGUCUCAUCGGUACCGGACGGUACAGCCGGGGCCCAGACCGGACUUGAUAGCUCCCUCGCCGGGCUGUCACUGGCAUCCCGCGCUGUUCAUGCCGAUGAAGGCAUCCAGUCACACAGAGCUGUUGCGCCGGCUAUGCAUGUCAGCACGACUUUCAGGUACAGCAAUGACCCUGAUGCGCUGAAGGCCUGGGAUAAUACCGAUCCCAACAACCCUCUGGACUCUCAUGUCUACUCUCGGGCAACUGGUCCCAACACCACUCGUCUCGAGGCAAUUCUCACAUCCGUCAUUGGCGCUCCAACGAUUACUUACUCUUCUGGUCUGUCUGCUUUCCACGCCAUGUUGGUCCAUUUGAACCCUAAGCGAAUUGCUAUCGGAGAUGGCUACCACGGCUGUCACGGAGUGAUCAGCAUUCUCUCUCGCCUGACAGGUCUCAAGACACUGCCUUUGGACUGUGCUGUUGAGGACCUCGAGCCCGGCGAUGUCAUCCAUGUCGAGACGCCCCUUAACCCCACUGGCGAGGCACGCGAUCUUGCAGCAUAUGCUGAAAAGGCAAAGAAAGCUGGUGCUUACCUGACUGUUGAUGCGACAUUUGCACCACCUCCUCUGCAGGAUCCUUUCAAGUAUGAUGUUGAUGUUGUCAUGCAUAGCGGUACAAAAUACUUUGGUGGUCACUCCGAUAUGCUCUGCGGUACGCUGUCUGUCAACCACAAGCACAAAGACUGGGAACGUAGUCUCCUCAAUGACCGCCUUCUUCUUGGUUCUGUUAUGGGUAGCUUGGAGGGGUGGCUGGGUAUCCGCUCCCUUCGAACUCUCGAGCUCCGCGUCCAGCGCCAGAGCGCUACAGCUACUGCACUGGUUGCCUGGUUGGCUGAGCAGCAGCGCGAUCCUUCAUCUGCGAUCGGCGCCCUAGUCGAGCGAGUCCAGCACGCCAGUCUCCAACCCGAGGCAUCAAUCGAGGGUAGUUGGUUGCAGAAGCAGAUGCCCAAUGGCUAUGGCCCUGUUUUCUCGGUGUAUCUUCGCGAUGGAGAUGUCGCUAAGCGACUGCCAUCCAAGGUGGAAUUGUUCCACCAUGCCACUAGCUUGGGUGGUGUUGAGAGUUUGAUUGAGUGGCGUGCGAUGACUGAUCCUAAGAUUGAUAAGAGACUUUUACGGGUGAGCAUCGGUGUUGAGGGUCUUGAGGAUCUCAAGAAGGAUUUGCUCCAAGGCCUGGAGGCUUUGAGAAAGGAAAAGGAGAAGGGGGUCAAUAAAUGA